CAAUAAGAAAUGCUUACCAGAGGACUGAUUUAUUUGCAAACAUUAGAGUGUAUUUAGUGCGUCCACAAAGGUAUUUCUCGUCGAAAAACACAUUCAAACUACAUUACCCAUGAAUCCCUCCGCCGUAACAAACUCAGGUCCAAAGGGCAAUAACAACUCAGAAUCCUGUGCUCCCUCGACGUGAGCAUGGCAUCAGACGGAGCAGGGCCAGCCUCAGUCCCAUCAGAGGACCAGAGGGUUGAGGGGACCCACCUGACAGACACACCCAGUCCAGAGGCAGGGGUCCCCGCUGCCCCCAACUGUGGCAAAGAGACCCUGAAAGCAACAGCAGAGUCAUCAGAACGGGAUGAGAGCGAAAUCAACGUGUGCCAGUUUUUCCUGAUGGGAAAGUGUCAUUUUGGCCACAGAUGUCGAUUCUCACACAGUAACCCAUCAGUAGGUGAUUCAGGGGCUGUGUCACCUGCCCAGGAUGACAAACAGGAUGGAGGGAAGACAGAAAAAAAAAACAUGACGAAAGUGAACAAAGCAACAAAGCCAAACUACGAGGCAAAAGAGGUGAACAAGAAGCCCCGCAUGCGCACAGCAGAUGACGUAAUUUCUCGGGUCCUCUGGGACGCAUCGGUGGAUGCAUCAGAGUUUGUAGUGGGGUAUGUGGAUCGCUUCCUUGGUGUGCUGGAGCGUCCCUUCAAUGACUUCAACUGGGACACAGACCCCUGCGACUGUGAUUACUCCACCGAGCUGGCCCUGCCCAAACACAGGAUCCAGUACUUCACCUACAGAGGGGUCCGUGUCUGGGACCGCCACAGCAGGACUGACAAAGUGUUUGGCUCAACCGGUCAAUCUCUGGCUCCCCCCUUUGGAGGGGAGGGGGAAGUAAAGGAAGAAAUUAACACAGAAGAGCAACAACAAGACCAGCCGCCUCUCGAGAGUCUGCACCUGCAGGGAGGGAUUGAAACGGAGGAGUGUGCUCACACUGAAAAAACACAUCUGGAGGAAGAGAAGCAGAGUGAGAUGAAUAAUCAAACACCUGACUCAACACAACCAGCCCCAAAGUGCCGAGGAGACACUUCUCAGGAGCAACAGGAAUCACAAGGAACAUGUGUUAUGGAGGAGGCUGCAAUGAGACCUGAGGCUUCAACAGACCAAAUGUCUUUAUCCCAAAAAGAGGAAGCAAGUGUAAAAGAGGGAGACGAAGAGAUUUUGGCCGAGUGGAAAGAAAGCUGGGAAGGCAAUAACGAUGCUUCGAGUCAUCUGAAUGAGAGCCAGAAUCCAUCAGCACCUCUGACACAGAGAGAGAAGCGUGGUGGUCGCCCCCCUAAAAAAAAACCCACGCACUUCAUCACCUUCAGGGCCAACACUCCAGCUAUCCUCUCCUGUUUCCAGCAGCUGCAGGAGGAGAUCAUCUCCCUUCUACCCUCCUCCGCCCCUCACUGGCAGGCCGCCCCCAGCCUUCAUGUCACCAUGUGCCUCCUGAAUUUGCCCGGUCCGGCCGAGGUAGCCGCAGCUGGGGAGGUCCUCCGACGGUUCGCCCAUUUGGAUCGUAACCCGCCGGUGUCUCUGACCUUCCCCGUGAAGCUGAAACACUUCAACGGGCGGGUGCUGUACCUGAGCCCCCAGCCUCACCCCCACCUCCAGCAGCUCAACAGCGGCCUGCAGGAGGCCUUCAUGAUGGAGGGCUGGCUCCACAAGGAUUCCUACAACCCGCGCUACCAUCUUACACUGGCCAAGGUAGUGGGCAGCGAGGGAGAAAGGGUCUUUGAAGGGGUCGGGGACCUAAAGGUGGGGAAGGGUUUAAAUUUUGGCCGUCUGCCAGUGAACACCUUACACCUUUGUGCCAUGGGCUUUUCCGAAGUAGAUGGUUUUUAUGAGACCGUGUGCACGGUUACUCUUCGAUGAUAGAAGAGUGGCUCAAGCACACAUGCACACACACUACAAACAUGUAUUUUAAUACAACCGGUGCAAUACCUGUGAGAUUUGCACUAGCCAUGUGAGUUUAUCAACCAAAUUUUAGGACUAUUUGUAAGUUAUUAAUUUGAUUAAAAUAAAAUAGAUUUUAUAGUAAGGCCUAAAGGGAGUAAAUUAACAGCAAACACACUAUGUUCAAUUAUACUAUUAAGUUGCAAAAGGAUACAAUGGUCCAAAUACUCCAGUAAGAAAAGAAAACUGUGUAAACAUCACCAGUAGUGGAUGCAAAGUUAAAGUUAAAAACAGUAAAAGGUGUCAAAUCAGUUGUCAAGGAUUUUUAUUGGCUUUUAACCGUUAAACUCAUUAACAACAUUAAACAUAAGAUUGUAGUAGAAUGUACAUUUCCUCUAUUUUUCCUCUGUCCAGGUGUUCAGGGCCAACUUCUCCCUUCACUUUGAUCUUUACUGUUACGACUUCGCACACAGGACAUAUGCACCUGCCAUGAAGGCUUAUGUGCGAGACAUGAAUUGUUUAUGAGGGCAAAACGUUUUCUUUACAACUAUGAAUCAACCGUAGUUGUAUUCUGCAGCUCGUUAUUCUACAAUUUAUCUGUUUUAUAUGAAUAUUGCAUGGAUGGUGUUCCACAAGAACGAUGACUUUGUAUCCCUUUUUCCAAUGAAUUAUAACCACUAGAUUGUGAAGGACAUUAAAUAUUGAA